CGGCGUUGAAGAUGAAGAUGAAGCUGCAGGCGUUGAUGCUUGGCACGGUGGCGUCCUCUUACCCCUCUCAUGGAUCCCAAGCUCUCAUUUCUCAUGCUCAUCUGUCCUUCGCAUCGCAGGCAACGGCGUGCGUCCCGCCGGCAUUCGCCCUGACCAUGCCGCCGUUCCGCAGAUGUCGGCACAGCAGAAGAUCUCGCCUCAGCUCUGUCGCAGAUCCGCCCGCCUCAACGCGGCGCUCAGGAGAUGCAAGGACGGGCAGACAACAGAGGCCAUCUCGCGCUGACGAAGAGGAUGAUGAAUCAGGUGGGCGCGAGAUGGAUGGAUGGAUGGAUCGGCACUUCUCAUCUCACCACCUGAUUCUCCAAUUGUGUGUGCCGUUUGCUGCAGAUCAUGGUCAAGGUGACGUCCCGCUGUAUCUCGAGGAGCUGCCCUUGCCGUCCCUCCGCUCUCAGCUGCAGAGGCGAGGCCUCUCUGCCGCUGGCACCAGGAGGCAGCUCACGGCCAGGCUCACUGAGGCACUGCAGAAGGAGGCGCCGGCCGACAGCCGACCCAGGGGGCUGGCGCGAGCUGACCAAAGGGAUGAGAGGGAUGCUGCUGCUGGCGGUGAUGACUUCCUGCCUGACGACAUCGGUCGGUGGGCUUGUGGUGGUGGGGUGGGGUGGGGUGGGUGAGGCGAGUGGGCGCGUCAUGCCUGCUGGUUGCUUGGCUUGCUGUCAGAUGAGGGCGCGUUGAGCGAUGCGGAGAUCGACGAUGAGGAACUGAUAGAGGCGGAGCAACGGCUCAACGCGUUCGAACAAAAGGUGCCUUGCCACUGGUCGACCACACAAAGACACACACACACACACACACGCACACACCGCAUUUCUGGCUCUUCUGUGUGUCUGUCAGUUCUCCGAUGAGCAGGAACAGCGUCUGAAGGCUAUCAGACAGCACCAAAGCCGCCCACCACCAGCAGCACCAGCAGCAGCAGCCUCAGUCGACAGCGACCUUGCGCUGCUGGAGUCACUGACGGGCGAGAAGCUGCCCCCAGAGGAAACGGAGAUCUCCGAGGACGAGCGCAACGCCAUGUUUGUCAGGCAGCUGCGGCAGACUGUGGCCGGCGGCAAAUCAGCGGCCCCUGAUGGGCAAGAAGAGAUGGACACGAGCUUCCUCGCCGCUCUGGGCAUCGACUCUUUGGAGGCCCUGGAGGCCAUGAAGGACGAUGAGCUGAUCCGCAGUGGGCUAGAGGGCGAGAGCCAAGACGACGAUGGGUCGGCGGAGCUGGCGGUCUUCAGUGCCAUGAAGAAAGAGGUCUUCGGCGUCGACAAUGACACUCUCGGGGCCCCUGCUCCCGCCCCAGCAGCAGACGACGCCUACAGCUCGGCCGAGGAGGAGGCCAUUCUGGCUUUCCUCCUUGCCGAGAGCGGGCAACAGCGGCAGUCACAGAAAGCCUCACCCUCAGCCAAGCCACCCCUCCGUGAAGUGGAGACGAUGGUUGAUGACGUCGAUGGUGAGGGCGAUGAGCGGAUUGAGGGCAUCGCGUACCGACUGAACAAGGGCAGAAAGGCCGAGCGCGAGCGCGAGGCGGGUGAUGCUGAUGCUGAUGAGGGUGAGGUGGAGCGUCGGAUCGUCGAGUGCAAGAAGGAGAUCCGGCAGCUGUCACGGCGGCUAGGCACACUCAACAAGAAACUCAGGGAGGUACGCCGGUCUCUGCAGGCCUCUGGAACAAGAGAUGCUCGUGUGCAGGUGUUGUGUUGUGCCCUCCCGUGUGUGUCAGAUUGUCGACCUGGAAAAGGCCGCCGAGUCAGGUGCAGAGCUCAACGUCGACCAGGUACUACCCCUCUACCCGACACACACACUUCCAUCCAUCCAUCCACCCGUGUGUCUCUCCCUUUCUUGCCAUCCAUCAGCGGCGCAAGGCCGGUCGACGGCUGGAGCUGGUGACCCAGAUCCGCCUGACGACACGGAUGCGUGUGCGGCUGCAGCGAGAGGUCAGCUUGCUUGAGAAACGAGCAGGCACCUCCGUGGCCGAGGCCGCCAGGAUCGCCGCCCCCAAGCUCAGGAACAGACGGCUGUGGGAAAUGGAGGAUGGCAAGAAACGGACGAUGAGCGACGACGAGCUGAGAGAAUACAUGAGUGCGUGGGCGAGAGAGGGAGUGAGGGAGCGAGGGGAGGACACAAUGAGCUGUGGACAUCUCUCUGUCUGUGUAUGGGUGUGUGUAGUCAAUGAAGACGAGUUUGCGAGGAUGGAUGGCGACGAGGAGUCGGGGCCGGGCGGGGGUGAGAUGCCCCGGCGGCUGCUGUCGGCUCUAUCGUGGUGUCGCGUGGCGUCCCGUGAGGACUGCCGUUUCAUCCUGCAGGCCGGAGGGGUCACCGUCAACGGACAGACAGGUACAUUCACCCGCCCACACGCGCACGCGCGCUUCAUCGAUCUGUUUGUGUGCAUGGUCGGUGUCUGUGUUGUGUGUGCAGUACGUGAGCCGGGCCACCCCGUCAAUCUGCUGACGGAUGAGAUCAUCGCCUUCGGGCAGAAAGUGGAGGUCCCCACCAAGAACUGGUCCGUGCGUCAAGGGAUCUCUCCCAACACCACACACACAGAGCAUCUCCACACAAUACAAGUGCCUGUGUGUUGUCAUGGCUGUGGCUGGGCCAUUAACAGGUUUGGCGGUCCGCGGCUGACGAAAUCGCAACGCAAGGCGAUGCUUGUGGACUACUCGCGGCGCAUCGAGGAUGUGUCGCGAACGGGGCGGCCAAACACGAGGAGGCGGCGAGGCGGCGGGGGGUUUGGGCAGCCUAAGGGGUGAGGGAGGAAGGGAGAAAGGGAGGGUGACGGUCGAGGACGUUGGGUGAUCGAUGUGGCAAUCAGACGAGUCGAG